CAAGCAAAACCGCUGAACAAGCGGCCGCGUUUGCCAACGUUUAGGUGUACAAAUUUUCAUUGGCGUUGAUAGAACAAAUUUUUGCGUUCGAAGUGUGCAAGCAUUUGUGCAUCAAGGAUGCCCGACAGUGAACCCGAUAGCGAUGCGAGCAACAGCUCCACCAGCAGCAGUGCCACAACAACGAGCGGCACCGACAGCAGCAGCAGCGGUGGCGACAGCAGCAGCCGCAGUCGACAGCCAAGUGACAAGGAAGAAGCAGAUGUGAAACGUGAUAAGAAGCCAACAAUUGAAAAGGAAAAAACGCUAAAGGCAUCUAAGCAAGCUGACAAGGAAGAAGAACAACAACGACAGUCAGAUGACACAAGUAAAAGUGCAGCAAACGUUGCAGCCACGUCUGAGGUGAAAAAAGUUGAAAAAGAAGAAGCAGCAAAGCCUGAAAAAACAGAAACAGACCCAGUGGAAACAUGCGAAACGCGAACAGAGCUGCCAACUGAGCAGACAGAUCAGACAUCUGGCAAGGAGCGCAAGGAGGAGGAGGAUGUGAAGAAGUAUGUUCGGAAGGAAGAGCUCAGUGAGAAGGAGGAGGAAGAGAAGCAGAAUGAGGAGAAGAUGGUGAAGGAAAAAAAGGAGGAGAAGGCGGAGGAGGAGGAGGAAAAGUCGAUGGAGCCUUUAGUGACCACAAAUGGAGAUGUAGCCUGCAAUGAGUUGGAGCAGCCAGUGGGCGCUGCUGUGGAGGAAGGCGAAAUUACCGAUAAAGACGAUGAUUCGCCCAUCAAAGCAGCAACAACAAGCGCAGAUGACAAGCAGCAGGAGGCGGAGGCAGAGGCAAAGGAACACAACAAAUCUGCAGCCGAGUCGUCAGGGAAACUGCCUAAAAUUGCUAGCGAGGUGCGCAGACGCAGCAAGGAGAAUGAGGAGGAGACGCGACAACGUCGUCGCCGGCACUCGAGUCGUAGUCGCAGUCGCAGUGCGAGUCGCAGUCGUUCACCUCGCAGUCGACGACGAAGACGAACACGUUCGCCGCGCAGUCGUAGCGUGAGUCCGGUGCGCCGGCGUUCCAGCUCCCUGGAGCGACGACGCAUGGAGCGUCAGAGGCGACACGACGAGCGCGACAAGCGGGAUGAGGUGCGUGCGCGGGAGCGCGAGAAGCGUCAUCAGCAUCGACGACGCAGCGAAGGAUCCAUUAAAGAUCAGCGUAGUCCCGGUGGAGAGAAGGCAACACCGCCCGCUGAGAAUGCCGAUAAUGCCACUGUGACUGAGCCAACGGCAAAGAUUAGCGAACGCCAGCGACGCACUGUGGAUGUGCUCACAUCGCGCACAGGCGGUGCCUAUAUUCCACCGGCCAAGUUGCGUCUAAUGCAGGCGGAGAUCACAGACAAAGCAUCGGCGGCGUAUCAACGCAUCGCUUGGGAGGCGCUCAAGAAAUCCAUUCAUGGCUACAUCAACAAGGUGAACGUGACGAAUAUUGCGAUUAUCACCCGGGAAUUGCUGCGGGAGAAUAUUGUACGGGGACGCGGUUUGCUGUGUCGCAGCAUAAUCCAAGCGCAGGCUGCGUCUCCCACUUUCACGCAUGUCUAUGCCGCCCUGGUGGCCAUCAUCAACUCCAAGUUUCCCAAUAUCGGGGAACUGCUGCUCAAGCGUCUGGUGAUUCAAUUUCGACGCGCCUUUCGUCGCAACGAUAAAAUGGUUUGCAUGUCAGCUACUCGAUUCAUUGGUCAUCUGGUCAAUCAGCGGGUGGCACAUGAGAUAUUGGCGCUGGAGAUGCUGACGCUGCUGGUGGAGAUGCCCACCGAUGAUUCCGUCGAGGUGGCCAUCUCAUUUCUCAAGGAGUGCGGCAUGAAACUGACCGAAGUCUCCUCGAAGGGGAUAGGUGCAAUCUUCGAGAUGUUGCGCAACAUUCUCCACGAGGGCAAACUGGACCGAAGGGUGCAGUAUAUGAUCGAGGUGCUCUUCCAGGUGCGCAAGGAUGGCUUCAAGGAUCAUCCGGCGAUUGUCGAUGAUCUGGAGCUAGUCGAGGAGGACGAUCAAUUUACGCAUCUCAUGAUGCUGGACGAAGCCACCGAAACGGAGGAUAUUCUCAACGUUUUCAAGUUUGACGAGAACUUUGCGGAGAAUGAGGAGAAAUACAAGGCGCUGAGCUCUGAGAUUCUUGGCAGCGAUGCCAGUGGCUCUGGCAGUGGCUCCUCCGGCUCUGGCUCGGAUUCUGAGAGCGAUUCCGAUGCUGAAUCCGGCUCGGGUGCCGAGGGCAAUGGAGAGAAGACAACAGCUGGCGGCGAUAUUAUUGACAACACGGAAACCAAUUUGAUUGCAUUGCGUCGCACCAUUUAUUUGACAAUCAAUUCGAGUUUGGAUUACGAGGAGUGUGCGCACAAGCUGAUGAAGAUGCAACUGAAGCCGGGCCAGGAAGUGGAGCUGUGUCACAUGUUCCUCGACUGCUGCGCCGAGCAGCGGACCUACGAGAAGUUCUAUGGUCUGCUCGCCCAGCGCUUCUGCAGCAUCAAUAAGAUCUAUGUGCCUCCGUUUGAGGAGAUUUUCAAGGAUACGUAUCAGACGACGCAUCGCUUGGACACGAAUCGAUUGCGCAAUGUGAGCAAAUUCUUUGCCCAUCUGCUCUUCACGGAUGCCAUCAGUUGGGAUGUGCUCGAGUGCAUUCAAUUGAACGAGGAUGAUACGACAUCUUCGAGUCGCAUUUUCAUCAAGAUCUUAUUCCAGGAGCUGGCGGAAUAUAUGGGGCUAGGCAAGCUGAAUGGCAAGCUGAAGGAGGAUGUGCUGCUGGACAGCUUGGCGGGCCUAUUCCCCAAGGAUAAUCCCCGCAAUACACGUUUCUCGAUUAACUUCUUCACGUCGAUUGGUUUGGGUGGGCUAACGGAUGAUUUGCGUCGUUUCCUGAAGAAUGCGCCCAAGACGGUGCCGGCCAUCAAUGCGGAGAUACUUGCCAGCGGCAAUCCCUUCAAGGAUGCAUCGGCUGCUGGUCAAGUGGCGAACGUUGUCAAAGGCUCCUCCUCCUCCUCCAGCAGUAGCUCAUCGAGCAGCUCCUCCAGCGAGGACAACAGCAGCGAUGAGGAAAGCGACAGCGAGUCCAGCUCCAGUUCGGAAUCCAGUGAACCCGCGCGCAAACACAAGCACAAGGAGAAGCGCAAGAAGAAGUCCAAAAAGCAGCGCAAGUCCAAAAAGUCCAAGGAUAAGAAGAACGAGAAGCAAAAGUCCAAGAAAACGGAGAAGCAAAAGAAGAAAAAGGCGACGGAGGCGGAGAAGAACUCAAAGCGCAAACGUAAACAGAGCAGCAGCAGUUCCAGUUCCAGCAGCAGCAGCGAGAACGAAAACAACAGCAGCUCCUCCUCUGAGACAUCCUCCGCUAGCGUUGAGCCGCAGCCGAAAAUCCAACGCAGAGAUAAUACUAACAACACCAACCACAACAAUCACAGCAGCAGCAGUGGCAAAUCAAAACCGGCUUCCAGGAGUCAAAAGCAUGACAGCGAUGACUUCAAUCUGGAAGGACCCACUGCAUUGCCAGCAGCACGACAACAGCAUAACGGAAACGGCAAUGGAAAUGGACAUGGUGGCAGACGGGAGGCAUCAGCCGAAAGGCAGCUGCCUCGAGAGAGGGAACGUGAGAGGGAGCGAGAGCGGGAGCGGGAGCGGGAGCGGGAGCGUGAGCGAGAUCGUCGUGGAAGGCAUAUUGAAGAUGAUAGCCGGAGCAGCAGCAAAAGAGUGGAACGGGACACAGAACGCGACAAGGGACGAGAUCGGGAACGGGAGCGUGAUAGGGAAAGGGAACGUGACAGAGAUAGGGAACGGGAGAGGGAGCCGGAAAGGGAUCGAGAACGAGAACGGGAACGGGAGCGAAAAAGGGAACGCGACUCGCGUCCAGCACGCAGGGAGCGAGAGCCGAGACGCGAUUCGCCCAGACGCCAACACCAUCACAGGCGCAGCGUGUCCAAGGAGCGAGGCUGAAGGAGCAUUCAUUGCAUUUGCCCAUGGAAUCUGUCGAACAACCGAACUGUGUACAAAGCAACGAUCUGAGCCCAACAGCAACAACAACAACAAUUAUAAAUGUACAAAAAAAAAUUCAUAAAUAUAAAAGCAAAAAUAUGAAAA